AUGGAAAAGAAGACUAAUAAGAGCUUCCAACAAUAUGCUCGGAGAUGGAGGGAAGUAGCAGCGCAAGUUCAACCACCACUUUUAGAGAAUGAGAUAACCAUGCUUUUUAUCAAUACCCUGAAAGCUCCAUUUCUCAAUCACAUGUUGGGCAGUGCCACUAAAAGCUUUUCAGAUAUAGUGAUGUCUGGAGAAAUGAUAGAGAACGCCAUAAGAUGUGGCAAGAUAGAGGCAGGAGAAAGUACUAAAAGGUCAGCACCAAGGAAGAAGGAGCACGAGAUAAACAAUACAAACACGUUUAACAGGGACCAUUCUAAAUCAAUCACAGUGGGGCAAGCCAGAGCAGUAACCGCUAAUCAGCAAAGUUUUUCGAAACAGGAAUCCAAUCCAAGGCCAAAUGUAGAGAAACUUCAAUUCACACCCAUCCCAGUGACGUAUAGAGAAUUGUACCAGAACUUAUUUAAUGCACAUGUGGUAUCUCUAUUUUACCUAAAACAUAUGCAACCUCUGUACCCUAAGUGGUAUGACGCAAAAGUCCAAUGCGAGUAUCACGCGGGGACCAAGGGGCACUCAAUUGAAAACUGCACUGCAUUCAAGAAGUUAGUUGAAAGACUUAUCAACUUGGGGAUCGUAAAGAUAGGUGACUCAUCAGGACCAAACGUAUCAGAGAAUCCAUUGCCCAAUCAUGAUAAUAAAGGGGUGAACGUGAUAAUUGAGAAUGGAGGAAGGAGAGUCAAAGCCAACGUAGCAGAAAUAAAGACCCCCCUUGAAUGGGUUUGGAAACAAAUGGUGAAAAGAGGUCUCAUCAAGCAAAAUUCAAUAGAAAGGCCUGAAGGAGCUAGGAAGUUUUGUGAGUUCCACGCAGAAGAAGGCCACGACAUCCAAAAAUGUUUUGAGUUCAGAACCAUGGUGCAAAACCUAAUGGAUAACAAAGAGUUGGAGUUUUAUGAAGAGAUUAAGGGACUAGAAGAGGGAGAAGUUUAUGCUGCUGAAAAAGGAUCUGCGGGGAAAGCCCAAAAGGCUAAUCACCCAGUGGAUAACAAAAAGGUUCCUUGGAAUUACGACUGCAAUGUGACAAUCCCAAGAGAAGAGAGCUUGGUAAACGCUUCAGGAGAGGAUGAAGGAUUCUAUACACGAAGUGGAAAAUGCUAUGAUCCGGCAAACGCAAGAGUGGAAUCUGGAAAAGGAAAAGCCUUAGCAGUUGACGAGUACAGCGUGGUAGACCAAUUACAUAAGCAACCGGCUCGUAUCUCAGUGCUUGAAUUGCUUCUAAGUUCAGAGGUACAUCGUAAUGCAUUGAUUAAGGUGCUAAAUGAAACUUAUGUCACUAGCGAUAUCUCAGUGAAUAAGUUAGACCGUUUGGUUAACAAUAUCAGUGCCGACAAUUUCAUUUUCUUUAAUGAUGAUGAAAUACCGCCGGGGGGAAGAGGAGCCACCAAAGCAUUACAUAUUAGUGCUCGCUGCGGGGGGUAUAUGUUAGCGGGAGUGCUAAUUGAUAAUGGAUCAGCCUUGAAUGUUUUACCCCUAUCCACCUUAAAUAGGUUACCGGUGGAUAGUUCCCACAUGAAAUCAUGCCAGAAUAUAGUGAGAGCAUUUGAUGGUACCAAAAGGAAGGUGAUGGGAAUAAUAGAAAUACCCCUCUUGAUUAACCCGAAUACAUACGAAGUGGAUUUCUUAGUAAUGGAUAUAAAGCCUUCGUAUAAUUGCUUGCUGGGGAGACCGUGGAUUCAUUCAGAAGGGGCGGUGCCUUCAUCAUUGCACCAGAAGUUAAAAUUGGUAACGGAAGGCCGGUUAGUUACGAUUGACGCUGAGGAAGACAUCAUUGCAUUGGUAACCAAUGACGCACCAUAUUUGGGAACAGAUGAUGAGGCGGUCGAAUGUUCAUUUUGA